AUGAUCUUCUCACGCAUCCACAUCUUGAUCAUCUCUCAACUAUUUCUUAUUUUGACACUCAUCACUUCAGCAUCAGCAAAAGGUGGAAAACCAAAACCAAAGCCGAAGCCGAAGCCAAAGGGAGGGAAAGAUAAUCCAAUAAAAUCCUGCGUCUAUCAAAUACCUGACGACUUUGCCAACGAUCCCGUUGCAACUGCAUCGAAAUAUACCGUCACAGUCACUUCUGGUACUACUGUUUCUACUCCUGUCUAUGAUGGCUGUUGUUUCUUGGAAAAUCCCCCAAAAGAAUGCCCCCCAGAGAAAUGUGAAGGAGCAUGCACUGUGACGCCGGAAGAUGGCAAGAAGAGUUCUGCACAAAGAGGCGUGGAAAACAGCGAGAGGGUAUGGGAGUCCGGAUUUCUUGCAGCUGUGAUGUUUUCUCUAUUGUGA